CAGAAAUUCUGCUUAGGAUCUCCUCAGUGAUGGAGCUGCCAUUGAGUCAAGCUCACUUCUGCACAUUCCUGAUGCUUGUGGUUUCAAACAUGCUGCUGUGGGAGAAAGCGUCAUCCAUUCCUGCAUGUCUUGCGGAAGAGGGUGGCUGCUGGAACCCCAUUGUGGAAACAUUUAACAGUGCCAUGCAGCGAGCUGAAACCCUCCGUAAUCUUGCUGACCAAUUAUAUACAGAGCUUUAUCGCAAUCAAUUCUCAUCUGAACAAUUUUUGGCUCUUAACUCAAAACUGAUUAGGAAGGAUAAGACUGCUGUCAGAGCUGGAACAUACUGCCAUUCGACUCUCUCAAACUCCCCAGAUGGGGAAACUGAGCAUGCAGAUGAAACCGAAAAAUAUUUAAAAAUGCUGAUCAAUUUUGUGGGUGCCUGGAUCAGCCCUCUAUACCAUCUAGUGAUUGAAUUGAGUGCCAUGCAAGAUGUCCCUGAAACUAUCCUCUCAAAAGCCACAGAUAUUGAAGAGAACAAAAGAGAACUCCUGGAUGACCUUAAGUGGAUACUCACCAAGGUCUAUCCUACAGCAGAGAUGAAGGAAGAAUUUCCCAGCUGGGAACAUCUUUCAUUCUUAAAAUCAAGUAACAAAGAUUCUAAAUUUUUGGCAAUGUUUAAUCUUUCCAAAUGCAUAUACGAUGAAACAUACUACAUUCUAUUUUAUCUUAGAACACUGAAGUGUCACAUAACUAGAAAAGAUUGCUAAGUCUACACUGUCUGCUUUGGAAAUGUUGUUGAGUUGACCAUUGCUGAGAAGUUUCUUUUAAUUGUAUAUCUUUUGAAUCCAUGUGUGAGUAUAGUGGGUUUCUUUUUAAAAAAUAAAAGCAUUCUCUUUAGAAAUUUCCAAAUAUUAAA